AUGGCAAAAGCUCUUUUUAUCGGUAGUAUUGCUGCCGCCGUUCUUCUGACUUCCUUGUGCAGUGACGUUCGCCCGCCCUAUCCAGAACUGAACCCAGCACUGGGCAAGUACCAGAACGCUAUGGAUUGCUUACCGAUUCAAGAGACGUGGUAUCCGGUGUACCGAAACUACGAGAGUGACCCAGCAUUCGGAGGCAAGGAAAAGUGCGGCCGAUUUUCCAGCCUUGGUCCCGCCGAAAAUGGGUCCUUCCCAAUGUUAUUCGAACAUGGGCAGAGUUCACUGAAGGUAAUCUCAACCCCAGUGGCGUCUGAAGGAUAUGCUACAAAUAAUCUGGAAUACUUUCAAGUCGAGGGUGAAAACGGUUCACUGCUUAUGUACAUCGCGUACUUAGAUUGCCACCACCAGCAGUGUCUGGUGUUCAGAAACAACUACAUCAGUGAUGAGGCGUGCACACUCUACCUCCCUGAGAGCGCCUUGGGAAAGACCGCGACGUGCUGCGAUUUCAUCUUCGAUCUUCUCUGCGGCACAAAGCAGAAGUUUUACACCUAUGACGAAAGUUGCACAGAUUAA